GACAGCAUGUCCGAGCGCGCCGGAGGUAAUCAGCCAACUUCGAGUCCGGGCGAAGACUUUCCAGAAAGGCAAUUCGAUCAUGGAGGGCGGCGCGAGCGAUGCUGGGCUGGGUUGCAAUGCAGCAUCACCACGAUCCUGCGCCUGGCAGGAAAACCCGCUCAGCGUCCCGCGCGCGUUCCAUCUUCGGCGCAGCUGCUAUUUGGCACCGGAAUGUCACCCAUCGGCGAGCGCCUCCCCAGCGCUACAUUGGCCGCUUGCGCAGAUCUCGUUCUCCGGUGCAGCGUCUGCGCGUGCUAUAUAGUACGCGGGGCCGUACUGUGAACUGCAGCUCGCUCGCCUACCCAGGGGUCCGCCACUCCGUACGCCUUCCGUGCCACACCCAUCCUCCCCACUACCCCGCAGCCACCAUGCGCUUCUUGAAGCUGUACGAGCACCCUGAGUUCAAGGCCGAGCCGGAGGAUGUCACGCUUUUGUCCACCAUCUGCUUCGUGCUCGCCCUCGCCCUUGCCGGGGCCCUCUUUAUCCUGGCAGGGUCAUGUCUACUGUUUUGGGACGACUGCAGCACCACGUUCCAGGUCUACAGCUCAAGACCGCACGUCCUCACAUUAAAUCAGCUGCUGCACGGCUAAAGCUCGCCGACACCCACAUACUUAUAUUAUAGCUUAAUCAAGGCAGCGUAUAGAACGCCGCCAGGUCGGAUCGACUACUCUGUAUCAUUAGAACGGUCUUUGAAAUACGUCACUCUCAAGACUCGACAGAUGCCAGGCGGUUCCGCGGGCUUCCACAUUGCCAGUGAUCUCCCACCCCGACACGCCGUCCACGCCCUGGAUGAGCAACUAAAACCCCCUCUUGCGGUCCGUGGACGACACACACUGUAGAUAUCCAUCGCUGCUGUCCUCUCCCCCACACAGCAGGUUAUCGUUAUUCACCUCUAUUUCCAUACGUGUACCACUAAAUAGACCACACUAUCUUGCUAGACCACCAUGUUGAACACUAUACACUAUACUGUAC